UUUAUAGAGUUUGCUAUGAAUUGGUGUUUGUUUUUUGUGGUGGCGCUUGGCUUGGUCAUAGCCAGGGCCGAGUCCUCCUACGAUUAUUAUCGGCUUCCAACUGCCCUGCAACCGAAAAAAUACAACCUGCGUAUUCUCACCCACCUGGAGGACCCAGAGGACUUGCAAUUUUCUGGAGUGGCAACGAUUGAAUUGGAGGCUUUGCAAAACACCAAGAACAUAACGCUCCAUUCUAAGAGCUUGGCGAUCGAUGAUUCGAAAAUAGCACUUUCUCAAAUCAGUGGAGAGAAAAAGGAUAAUUGCAUAACUUCGACAGAAGUGAACUCGGUUCACGACUAUUAUAUAUUGAAUGUUUGUGAGGAACUGGAAGCUGGUAAUGUUUAUCAGCUCACACUGCCAUUUAAGGCGGAGUUAAACAAGCAACUGCAGGGCUACUACCGCAGUUCCUACUAUAACCCAGCAACUAAUGAAACAAAAUGGCUUUCCAUUACCCAGUUUGAACCGGCUUCCGCUCGUUUGGCCUUCCCUUGCUUCGAUGAGCCUGGUUUCAAGGCUCCGUUUGUUAUAACUUUGGGAUUCCACAAGAAGUUUACGGGUCUGAGCAACAUGCCUGUGAAGGAAACCAGGCCACACGAAACCCUUCCCGAUUAUGUGUGGAGCGAAUUUGAAGAGUCUGUGCCAAUGUCUACCUAUCUAGUGGCCUAUUCCGUGAACGAUUUUUCGUACAAACCUUCAACUCUGCCAAAUGGAGCUCUUUUCCGCACCUGGGCCAGGCCAAACGCCAUCGAUCAGUGCGAUUUUGCGGCAGAGUUUGGACCCCAAGUCCUGCAGUAUUACGAGGAGUUCUUCGGGAUCAAGUUCCCCUUACCCAAGGUCGAUCAAAUGGCUGUCCCUGACUUCGCGGCGGGUGCCAUGGAGAACUGGGGUCUGGUCACCUACAGGGAAACCACGCUUCUCUACUCGGCGGGGUACUCCUCGCUGGCGAACCAACAGCAGCUGGCCAAUGUGGUGGCUCAUGAGCUGGCCCACCAGUGGUUUGGCAAUUUGGUGACCAUGAAGUGGUGGACCGAUCUUUGGCUCAACGAAGGCUUCGCCACCUACGUGGCCAACCUGGGAGUGGAGCAUAUUCAUCCUGAGUGGCGAGCCAAGGAAAGGGAAUCCUUGAAUGACCUGCUGACCACUUUCCGCCGGGACGCGUUAGAGAGUAGUCAUCCCAUCUCCAGACCCAUUCAAAUGGUUUUCGAAAUAUCCGAAAGCUUUGACGAAAUAUCGUACGAAAAAGGUUCAUCAGUCCUUCGAAUGAUGCACUUGUUCCUGGGGGAAGAGUCCUUCCGCUCUGGCGUUAAGUCCUAUCUUCAGACUUUUGCCUACAAAAACGCCGAGCAGGAUAAUUUGUGGGAGUCGCUGACAGAGGCAGCUCACAAAAAUGGUGCCUUGCCCGAGAACUAUGAUAUUAAGAGUAUUAUGGACUCUUGGACUUUGCAAACUGGCUACCCUGUCAUAAAUGUAACCCGAGAUGAGUCUGGAAAAGUUGCCAAGAUCAGUCAGGAGCGUUUCCUUUUGAACAGAGAGAUACCACAUGAACAUCGUAAAGGAUGUUGGUGGCUGCCACUGAGCUACACCACCCAGGAGGAGCACGACUUCAAUAAUACCCUGCCCAAGGCAUGGAUGGAGUGCAGCAAGAACGGGGAAAGCCUUCCUAAAACGAUCGACGAUCUACCUGGCGGAGAUCAAUGGGUGAUUUUCAAUCCCCAACUGGCCACGCUUUACAAAGUCAACUACGAUGCCCAAAACUGGAAGCUCUUGAUCGAGACCCUCACGAAAGGCGAUUUCGAGCGCAUUCAUGUUUUGAAUCGGGCCCAGUUGGUGGAUGAUAUUCUGUACUUUGCCUGGACAGGAAGUCAGGACUACGAGGUGGCCUUGAGCUUGAUCGGGUAUUUGCAGCGCGAACGCGAGUUCCUUCCCUGGAAGGCGGCCUUUGAUAACUUAAAGCUCGUGGGUCGCAUUGUACGACAGACUCCUCACUUUGAUUUGUUUAAGAGUUACAUGAACAAGUUGAUUAAGCCAAUCUUUGAGCACCUUGACGGCAUCAACGAUACCUUCAGCUCAAUCGAACAACAGGACCAGGUCCUUUUGAAGACCAUGGUGGCCAAUUGGGCCUGUCAGUACGAUGUUCUGGACUGCAUUCCCAAGGCCCUAACUUACUUCCAAAGUUGGAAGUCAAGUCCAAAUCCCGAUGAGACGAAUCCGAUACCAACAAAUGUAAGGAGAACCGUGUACUGUAGUACUGUCAGACAUGGAAGCGAUGAAGACUGGGAGUUCCUGUGGACCAGGUACCAAAACUCGAAUGUAGCCUCUGAAAAGAGGACUAUUCUGAGUUCCUUGGGCUGCACAAGGGAGGUGUGGCUCCUUCAGCGCUAUUUAGAGCUCAGCUUCGAUCCAAAGGAAGUAAUCCGUAAACAGGACUCGACUCUGGGCUUCCAGGCAGUGGCCUCAAGCGACGUGGGCUUCCUUUUGGCCAAGAAGUAUUUCAUUGAAAACGUGAAACAGAUCCAUAAAUUCUACCAUCCCCUGGUGAAGUCCAUUGGUCGCCUUAUGGAUCCGCUUUCCGAACAGGUUAUCGAGCGCAAGGACCUCGAGGAGUUCAAAGAGUUUAUUAGCCAAUCCGGGGAAUCAUUUAGCGGUCUAAAUCAAACCAUCCAACAAACCUUGGAGAUCAUGCUCACAAAUGUUCAAUGGAAGGAACGAAACUACGACCAAUUCUCGCGAUCUAUUGAAUUGGUUCUCUGAAUAAUUUUUUACAGUAUCCCUGAAACACCUUCACAAAUGAAAAUCAUGCAAAGAUAAUAAUUUACAAUUUUUUUUAAUAAAAUAUUAAAUACUUAAGUAUUAUGACAUUGAAA